AGAAUUUUAAGCUCUAUGAAUCUUUGCUCUUACUUCAAAUGACCGAGAAGCGUUAUUGUUGAACACCGCUUGUCCGACUCAUCCCAUCGUCGAAAAUGGCAGCAUCAGCCAUUGCGACGCCUCUAAGAGUUUCGUUUUCCUCACUCAACCAGACAACACUACGCAGAAAUUCAGGGGGAAACAUUGUGCGCGCGCUUCCUAAUCCCAAUUUUGGUUCAUCAACAAUCGGACUAUCCAGUAGUGCCCAGGGCUGGCGCUUAAAGCUAGACGAGGACAACAGCAAUGCUGCCAUCAAUCAAGGCUAUGGUACUAUUGAAGCUAAAAGGGGGAAUCCAACCAUGAUGCCUACAGUGCCGACACCAGGUGGCCUUAUGGACCUGUCAACCAUAUUGCUUAGAAAUCGCAUUGUCUUCGUUGGGCAACCUGUCAACUCACAAGUUGCUCAAAGAGUCAUAUCACAACUUGUGACGCUUGCAACAAUUGAUGAAAAUGCCGAUAUUUUGAUGUAUCUUAACUGCCCAGGGGGAAGCAUUUAUUCUGUGUUGGCAAUAUAUGACUGCAUGUCCUGGAUAAAGCCUAAGGUUGGUACAGUCUGUUUUGGAGUGGCUGCCAGUCAAGGAACACUUCUUCUUGCAGGUGGGGAAAAGGGUAUGCGGUAUGCAAUGCCAAAUGCACGUAUUAUGAUACAUCAACCGCAAAGUGGAUGUGGGGGUCACGUGGAGGAUGUGAGGCGCCAAGUGAAGGAAGCCGUUCUAUCUCGUCAUAAACUUGACCAAAUGUAUGUUGCAUUUACUGGCCAACCACUUGAGAAAGUUCAAUUGUACACUGAAAGAGAUUGUUUUUUAUCUGCUUCAGAGGCUAUGGAGUUCGGUCUUAUUGAUGGGAUAUUGGAAACUGAAUAUUAAAGGUCUGAUAAUCAGUUGAUGUGUGCAGGCUUGAUAUGGAGGUCUUCAAGUUUUACCUUUUAAUGCCAAAAAAUAGUUCAACUUCUUCAAACUUUCAAAGCUCCAUGUGGGUUAAAAGACUUGUGUUUUCUUUACUGGUAGUAUCUAUAAUCUAUGUACAAUAGAAAAACAUGAAAGUAAGAGAACAGGUAUUAUUGGUAAUGUGUAUUAUCAUGUUUACAUUAUUCUAAUUUCUGAAGGUAUUAUAAUUGAUCUGGAAAGUAAGAGAACA